AUUUUUCAUUAUUUAUUUAACAUUUACUCUGUUACUAACGAAUCGUUUUAAAUUAAUUACAAACGGGUACACAUCUAGUACAAACGAUAAAAUUAAGUUAUUUUAGGAAAAGUAAUCACCUGUUGGCCAUCUACAUAGGGAUGUUGUUAUGGACUUUCAUCGUGUACAGAAAUGCUCGUGUACUUUCAUGUCCCAUAUUGGACCAUAUAAUUUUUCCUUCAUCUUUAUCCUCUAAUUCUUCGUUCUCUCCAUCACCCUGUGGCAAUUGUUUAUUAUUUACGAGACACCCAGUUGAACGUUUUGGUUAGGAAGACUAUUUUUGUUGACGAGUUUGGAUAAUGGAGCAGGAUGAUAAGAAGAGUCUGAUUGAGGGUCAAGGGAUGAAGCAACUUCAUCUGUCGUUAGCAGAAACUCAUACUGGACCUCGUGAUGACAACGAAAUUCGGUGCAGUGGGAAGGAUGCAGAUCAUCAGGGUAAAAAAUUAUUGGACUCUCCUCUGGACUCCAGCAUGGAGGGGUACGAUUUCACGCAGAGUUUUACAUCUGGAGUCGAAAGUGAUCCUGAUGAGAGCAAUGUGAGUGAAAGCUCAGUGAUUGGGCCGCCUGCAGUGAAACAGUACGAUCCAACGAUAGAUGACAGAUUACCAGAGACUGUGACAUUACUUACAACUCCUGAUGGUGGCAAAGUUUAUCUGGUUGGAACUGCUCAUUUCAGUGAAGAAAGUCAGAACGAUGUGUCCUUGAUAAUUCAGGCAGUUCAACCUCACAUAGUAAUGGUAGAACUCUGUGAGGCACGCGUUCAUGUUCUCCAACUCGACGAAAAAACUAUUCUUGAGGAAGCAGGAAAUCUCACAGCGGCUAAAAUACAAGCAACGAUAAGAAAAAAUGGUUUAUUCAAUGGACUUCUAUAUGUUUUAUUAUUAAAUAUGUCUGCACAUUUGACUAAGCAAUUAGGAAUGGCUCCUGGUGGCGAAUUUCGUCGUGCAUUUCUUGAGGCCAAGAAAGUUCAGAGGUGUCUGGUCCACCUUGGGGAUAGGCCCAUAAAUAUCACGAUUCAACGGGCCCUCAGUUCUCUCUCCUGGUGGCAAACAAUAAAACUCUUCUGGAGUCUUCUCCAAACGAAAGAUCCAAUAAGCAAAGAAGACGUGGAACGUUGCAAACGAAAGGAUCUUCUCGAGGAGUUACUCACAGAAAUGGGUACUCAGUAUCCAUCACUACGGGAAGUAUUUGUGAAGGAACGAGACGUGUAUCUCACACAUUCAUUACAAUUGGCUGCUUUACCAAUUCCAACGCCCCAUGGAUCUAUACCUUCCAGAGUUGUUGGCAUUGUGGGAAUUGGACAUAGGGUGGGGAUUGUCGAGCAUUGGGGAAAAAUUAAACCUUCUGAUAUCGUUCCUAUCAUGAGAAUCCCAGAACGUUCUCUCUCCAGUAAAAUCCUCCGAAUAUCCUUGAAAGUAUCCCUUCUGGGUGCUGUGAUAUACGUAGGCUACAAGUACAUACCACUGCCAUCAACAACAACCCUGCAAUCUUUAAAGUCAUCGGUCGAGGGACUUCUGAAGGCAGUCGGUAACGAUUUCCGUCGGCAACCGGAAAGCAUUUGGCGCUCUUCCCAGUUAGAAAUGCUUGUCUUCAGGCCGAGAUGGCAGUGACGAUGGACAACACUCGAAUGUCUCGUACAUCGUAUUCUGAGGAUACCGGGUCUGGCCCGUUAUGAUGCCAGAUUAGGGGUUGGAGAGUGAAAACUGAGGUUCAAGUCGUCGGUGAAUUAUGGCGUGUGACCGUAACAGUCGAACGGGGCCCAUGACACGAAGGAUUCCAAUGUAGCUUGCUUUCUGUUUGCAAGCUGCCAGGGAUUGAGUGAGUGAGAGGAAGAGGGAUAGAUGCCACUACUGAGUGAGAAAUUGCAAUUCGGGGGAAAAAAGGAGGAGCAGGAGACCACCCGUUGGGCUAAGAACAAUUCCUCAGCAAUCCUCGUCAAGCAUCGAAGUCUGAGGUUUUGGUGGAGACCAGAAUGGGGAUGGGGAUGGAGAUGAGGGGCGAGUGAAACCACGAAUGAAGAAGAUGGAAUGGAGAAUGGAGAAGCAUUUGCGAUUUUCCGGGAGGGAAUAUUUAGAAUCUUGCCUCGACGUCGAGGCUGGCAGGGGGAGCACUGCCAGUCUGCCAGCUCAUACCCCCUUGAAAUAGCCUUGUCAAGAAGCGAAAAGAAUCGUUUCGCUCUGAGAAGCCUUUUCUCUGCUUUUUUUUCUCCAUUUUUGCUGGUCAUUCCUUCUGCUGUGGAUGACACAAUGAAACUGAAAACAUCUUGUUUUUACUGAUGGGAUAAUUCGGAGAUUGAAAUUAAGAUGGGCAAAUCAUUACUGAAUGUCUAUCCAGGCGGCCCGAAAAUGCCCAACGAGUCACGAGGAAGAAAGGACUUACGUUCGUGAAAAUUUACGUAUGCCGAUUACGUAAAAAUUACCCACGAUUUUUGGAAAAAAUAUUCAAUGUCCAAUAUUCAAUAAAAUUUACGGAACGCGCUAUUUGCUCGUCGACUUUGGACGCGGGCAAGUGCAUUUCAUGUCAAUUCAACUGCUUACAUUUAUUUCAAACUGAGAACAGGAUACAAUAUUAUUCGGUUAAGAUCGAUUCAUCACUCAUUGCAAAGCCGUGUUAAAAAUAAUUGAUUAAUUUAUCCUCGUGGCACAUCUUCCUCGGAAACAUAUUCCCGAACAACACUGAUGAUUGGCGUGACACUGGAAUCACAAUUGUUAAAUAACCAAUUAUUGUCAUUGCUGUCAAUGAGAACCACCUGAAAAAGCGCCAAAUUUUUAGGGAUGUGAUAGGCUUACCCUGGUUGGCCAAUCUCCGCACCGCUGUCCACUAGCCGCCAUCGCCAGCAUUGCGAUGAGCAUGAAAAUGCCGAGGAACUUCAUGAUGCAAAAAUAAAAAUGUUGUGAUCUCUUCACAAAAGAUUUGUUUGAUUG